UCAGACCCGAGCCCGAGCCGGACCGGAGGACGAGGCCCGCAGCAGCGAGCGCCAUGGCGGAGCAGACCUACUCGUGGGCCUAUUCCCUGGUGGAUUCCAGUCAAGUGUCAACAUUUCUGAUUUCCAUUCUCCUCAUCGUCUAUGGCAGCUUCAGGUCCCUCAACAUGGACUUUGAGAAUCAAGAUAAGGAAAAAGACAGCAGCAGUUCAUCGGGGUCCUUCAAUGGCAAUAGCACCAAUAAUAGUAUCCAAACUAUUGACUCCACCCAAGCACUGUUCCUUCCCAUUGGAGCAUCUGUCUCCCUUCUAGUCAUGUUUUUCUUCUUUGAUUCUGUUCAAGUAGUUUUUACAAUAUGUACAGCAGUUCUUGCAACGAUAGCUUUUGCUUUUCUUCUUCUCCCGAUGUGCCAGUAUUUAACACGACCCUGUUCACCGCAGAACAAGAUUUCCUUUGGCUGCUGUGGACGUUUCACUGCUGCGGAGCUGCUCUCCUUCUCCCUUUCUGUCAUGCUUGUCCUCAUCUGGGUUCUGACUGGCCACUGGCUCCUCAUGGAUGCUCUCGCCAUGGGCCUCUGUGUGGCCAUGAUCGCCUUCGUCCGCCUGCCGAGCCUCAAGGUCUCCUGUUUGCUUCUUUCAGGCCUUCUAAUCUAUGAUGUCUUCUGGGUCUUUUUCUCUGCCUACAUCUUCAAUAGCAACGUCAUGGUCAAGGUGGCCACCCAACCAGCUGACAACCCCCUUGACGUCUUAUCCCGGAAGCUUCACCUGGGACCAAAUGUGGGCCGAGACGUUCCUCGAUUGUCUCUUCCUGGAAAACUGGUCUUUCCGAGCUCCACAGGCAGCCACUUCUCCAUGCUGGGCAUUGGCGAUAUCGUGAUGCCGGGCCUCCUCCUGUGCUUUGUGCUGCGCUAUGACAACUACAAGAAGCAGGCCAGCAGUGACUCCUGUGGGGCGCCGGGCCCAGCCAACAUCUCGGGCCGCAUGCAGAAGGUCUCCUACUUCCACUGCACUCUCAUCGGAUACUUUGUAGGCCUGCUGACUGCCACGGUGGCAUCUCGGAUCCAUCGGGCUGCCCAGCCCGCCCUCCUCUAUUUGGUGCCCUUCACCCUGCUGCCGCUGCUCACCAUGGCCUAUUUAAAGGGCGACCUGCGCCGCAUGUGGUCUGAACCUUUCCACUCCAAGGCCAGCAGCUCCAGGUUCCUGGAAGUAUGAUGGAUCAGCUGGAAAGUGACCAGACCCUGCUGUGGUCCUUUUCCCUUGACUCGGUGGUGGUUUUGUUCCCUCCCAGAGCGGUCCUGGCCCUCAGAGGUCCUGGCCUGGGGUGCUAGUCUGACCUGACUUUGCAUUGAAAGGGGGACUGAAGCCCCAGAGACCCCCUUGGAUUCCUUUCUCAUGCACAUGUGGAAUUGAAGCCACCUGGUGAAGCUUCCAUCCUCCCCCUUCUCUGUUUUUAUGGACCUGCCCGGCUGUCCUCUUGGUGAGGGAGGCGGGGCCUGGACAUGGCAAGGAGCCGUCCAGGAGCCGUGGACCGGACCUUCUUCAGGGAAGCCUCCCCCACUUUGGGACAGGGUUCCCAGGGGGGCUUCCUUCCAGAGACCUGAGAUGACAGAACUACUUCUGUCAUAAGAAUCUUUUUUGGAUUGAUUAAACCUUUUCUGUGGUGUAAAAUGACUUAUUAAAUCCACAGACAGACACAGAGUGACUUCUUACAGUAUACAUAUAAGAAUUUGUUGUAAUGAAUUACAUUUCCACCCAGAUGUCAUGUUGGCAGUGAAUAAGGGCACGGUUUUUAUACAUGGACAUGCGCGCAUGCGCGCACACACAUAGGUCUAUGUGUGUGUACAUAUAUAUGUAUAUAUAUAUAUGUAUAUAUACGUGUGUGCUGCCUGUAUACGUAUAUAUACAUAUACAUGUGCACACACGUGUGUGUGUGUGUAUGAACCGAGAAGAAGCUCUGCUGUGCUCAAGCCGCGAGCUGUCAGAUGUGUUCGCCGUGACCUGGAGUGCAGGGCGGCCUCCCCCACCAGCCCUGCACUGGCCGAGAUAUGCUUGGCGUAGCAAACUAGGGAAGCAGACGUCUGGACCCCGCGGGGCCCCUUCUUGUUUUCCUUUUCACAGACCUCUCCCUAACAGCUCCUGUUUUUUAGUCGUCUCUUCCUAAACCAAUGCAUGUAUCAUAGCCGCAGAAGUCUUUGUGCUUUCUGAUCAAGUGAUGUACCACGUGUAAAUACAUUUUUUCUAUUUUCUA